ACGGAGGAUGCAAUUGCUACUCCAAGAUCCAGAGCGAAUGUCUCAAUCACCGAUACUACUUCAACAAUUGAAGCCUCGGUUUUUGGGCAAUGCGUGGAAAAACUUCUGCUCAUGACUAGCAAACAAAUUAUGGAAGUAGAGCUACAGGGUAAGAAGGCAUCAUUUCAAUAUGCAAACAAGCGCUUGGAUAAGGAAGAGUAUAUUGUACAAUUGAGGUCACAAGCAAGUACUUAUCAAACCAACCCAGGACCCUCCUACACCAUAACAUCUUUGCAUGAUGCAUCUCAUUACAUUGUCACAACCAACAUUGAUCCAUCAACCCCUCCUUCAUCAAAGAUGAAGCUCCCACACUCGGGAGUAGAAGAUUCGCCUGUUGAUUUGAAGCGGCAGAGAAAAGCUUGAUUACUUAUCACCAUUACCCACUACUUCUAUUACUCCAACUAUUUUCCUAGAACUAUUGUUUUAAUUUUCUUUCAAA